CGGAACUCUACGGCAUGUCCACCAUCGGGUUCUCCACGUUCUCAUUCCGAUUUCAUCAUGGCGGUGGAGGAAAUGCCUGACGUGUCAGCUGAGAGCGGCAAUGAUCCUUCAAGUCCAGAUGUCGAUGCUUCGGCAGGAGUUUCACGAAAAUUCAGCAUGCAGAUACUGAAGGUAAUCCGUGAAUCACAGCAGCAACAUGGACUUCGCCAUGGAGAUUAUCAGCGAUACAGGGGGUACUGCUCAAGACGAAUCAGGAGGCUUCGAAAAGCCCUACAUUUCCCAAAUGAUCACAAGAAAAGGGACUUCAAAAAGAAAGUUGUUACUUCAGAAGUUCUCACUGAUGAGAGGUACAUCUUGAUCCCGUUAGUGACAGCUGAGAGAGCCUGGGCAUAUGGAAUGCAGUUGAAACAAGAAUCAAAUACUGAGCCCAGGAAGAAGUUUCACAUGAUUCGUCGCUUGCGUAAAGCUGCUGCUCAUGCAACAGCUUUGGACCAUCUCUGUGAGAGUCCCCACUGCGGUGCAAUCCUGAAGUUGGAAGCCCAAGCAUAUGCUGCUUGGAUGAAUGGAGUCCUCAAAUUUGAGUUGCAAGACUGGAAAGCUGCAUUGGAGAGCCUCUCCAAGGCCCAGACCAUCUACGAGAAACUUGAGGCCACCAUGCAUGAAGAUGAUCGAGAUAUAUAUAGGGGAAAAUUGAUGGAGUUGCAGCCAAGCCUGCGGUUCUGUGCCUACAAUAUUGGAGAUGAGUCUGCUGCAGCUGAUUUGGUCAAAAUGCGAGAACAGGGCUGUCUGAGUGCUGAUCUCCUCACAGAUAUUGAUGAACUGCUGGCACAAACACGUGAGAAGCAAGCUGCAACCUUGUCUGAGGUGACAUGGCGUGGGCGAACUGUGCCAUUAAAGCAAGAAAAGGUUUCUCUCUGCCUUGUCAGUGUUCAAGAAGGGGAAGCCAUGUUGGAAAAGGCUGAGAACUUGGAGGCUAAGCUCUCCAUAUAUGACAAUCUCCUUGCAGAGUGCAAGGAUGCUUUGCAGAUCCUCAAGGAUGAACUUCGCAAUGAUCCUAGCUUCUCCCGUAGAGUGGAGGGAAGUGCAGUGUCAUCUCUUCACUACUUGCACUCUUAUGUUUCUUUCCUCCGACUCACCAAGACAGUGGAGCGAAGCCGUCUCCUCAUUGAAUCACUUCAAAUCAAUCAGGGUGAGAGAGGAGAUGGGAAGCAGAGCAAGCCACAGGAUUUUAUUCGUCUCUAUGAAGUCAUCAUGCAGAGUCUCACUGAAAUGCAGCAGUUACCUGGCAUUGAAGAAGACCUUGAUACUGUUCAGCAGCUUUCCUCACAAAUACUAGCAUACAAGGCCUUCAGGGCCCAUUACAUGGCAGAGGCAUUGUUUGGAGCCAAGAAAUGGCUGGAAGCCAUGGGGAUGUACCAACGAGCAAAGCAACAUGCUCAGGGUGCUCUUCGAGACAAGAUCGAAGAUGAGUUGAAAAAGAAACUAGAAGAUUUUCUCUUGGCAGCAGAUGCGAAAUGCAUGUCUGCUCAUGCUUACAGUAUUGCUGGUGAUGAGAAUGUUUCUCAGCGUGUUGAAAAUCUUGGUGUGGAUGCAUCAAAGCCCCUCAUUGAUCGAAUGGACUACUACUAUGAGGAUUCAAAGCUGUUGACAAAGAAUCCAAACUUGGUGAAGUUCCCUCCAGACUUCCAGCCCAUUCCAUGCAAGCCACUCUUCUUUGACCUGGCCCUCAAUCAUAUCCAAUUCCCAUCACUGGAGGACAAACUAGAAGCACCCAAAGAGGGAUCCAAGACUGGAAUCUCUGGCUUUGUUCGAGGACUUUGGGGAUGGGGUGGUUCCAAGAAAUAGGCCAUCAUGGAUUGGCUUCUCUUGUUUUUGGAUGGAAUUUUUGGUCUAUAUA